AUGCAAGGCGUUAGAUAUAAACCAUUCCUGGCGUCAUUGGACAAAAACCCGUCUCUGACUCUGGCUGAAUUUAUGGCCCGGUCAGAUAAGUACGCAGAUGCUAAAGAAACUCGAAUCAUGCGUGAAGCCGCCCAGAAUGUAAAGGUCUCGGCCAAAGAGUCAGUGAAAAAAGAAGUUGACUCGGCCGGUGGAAAGAAGCAUAAAAAUGAUCGAGCAUGCGAUGAACGCAAGUCGGGUAAGCGACCCGAUCGCAAGUUUUCGACAUAUACUCCGCUCAAUAAACUACAAGAGCAAGUUUUGAUGGAAAUCAAGGGUAAAGGAUUCGUCAACUGUCCGGAUAGGCUCCUAAACAAUCCGAACCGACGAAGCAAGAACAAAUAUUGUCUUUAUCAUCGCGAUCAUAGGCACAACACGAGUGAUUGUUAUCACUUGAAAGAAGAAAUCGAGAGGCUCAUCCGAGAAGGCCGUCUCAGAGAGCAUGUCAAGAGAACUAGGACAACAGAAGAACGUUCGGGUGACAACCGACCCAUAGAGGAAAUCCGGACCAUUGUCGGUGGUCCCCAAGGUGGGGGCGACUCAAACAAUGCUCGAAAAACCUACGCCCGAAGCAUCAGUCGACCCGAGUCUGAAAUCCUUAUUUUAUCUCGGCCUUCGAAGGAGAAGAAAAGAGAGAAGUACUGCAUAUCGUUCACCGACAAAGAUGCUCGGGGUAUUUUUCACCCCCACAACGAUGCAUUGGUCGUUACCCUUACUAUAGCAAACCGUAAGGUAUUUCGCAUUCUCGUCAAUACAGGGUUGUCCGCAGACGUGCUGUUCACUCAAGUGUUUGACAAAAUAAGCGUCAAAAGAUCAACUUUACGACCAAUUCUUACCCCAUUGAUCGGAUUCUCGGGUGGACAAGUACUCCCAGAAGGAGUCGUAUCAUUGCCACUUACUACUGGAAACUCUCCACAACAGGCGACAGUAAUGGUCGACUUUCUCAUAGUCGAUCAACCAUAUGCCAGGAUCGAUCCCUCGGUGAUGACUCAUCGACUCAACAUUGAUCAGACCUACCGGCCGAUCCGACAAAAGCGACGUCCGCUCGGCCCUGAAAGGUACACCAUCAUUGAAGAAGAUGUCAACAAGCUCCUCAAGGAUAAAUUCAUCGAGGAGAUCUACUAUCCGAAAUUGAUAGCUAAUGUCGUCCUCGUUAAGAAAGUCGAUGGGAAGUGGCGAGUCUGUAUUGACAAUACCGACUUAAACAAAGCAUGCCCAAAGGACAGCUUCCCUCUUCCAAGGAUCGAUUAG